UUCUUUGAGAGCACAACACGCAGACGAUCCCUUGGAUGGAUAAGCAUCUGCACAAAGAUCAGCGCGAGAAAUACGAAAUAAGAUUUGAAUUCUGAAUUCCCAUACACCUGAACCCGUGGAUGAAAAACGUGAUGAGAGAUUAUUGCUUGUAUUAUUUCCAAGGACAGUGACACAAUGUAGUCUAAAAGGGGGAGACAAAGAAGAGGAUAUGGAAAUAGGCGUGACAUGCAGUGUGCUUGCAGUAAUUUGUCCAAUGUAAAUGCAUCACAUUUACAAGUGGUUUGAUUGUCCAUCGGCGUGCAUGUAAACAUGAGUUCUGGUGAACAAGAACACAGGACGAGACUCCAGCACUUUCUGUCCGAACUUGCAAUAUUGGGUUCUUUACAGGGCUUCCAUUAUUUUCAGCCCUGGCUAAGAGGGAGAGAGGAACUUCUGUUGACCGUAGUCAACGAUGACUCGAGAUGGCGUUCUCCUGGGUUCGCUGUGUCUGUGGCCUCCACCUUCACCAGCUCAACCUGCAGUAGCAGUUACAGUCUGGACAGUGAUUACGCCAGCUCACCUUUAGCAGGAGAAGAACUCCUUCCACAGCGCGAACACCAGACACCCGGGGCCACACCGCAACAAACUCCCAGCAGGGAUGUUGAUUCUCAUCUUCUCCCAGCCUCACCAAGUGAGAAAGAGAUCGCUGUUCCUGAAAUGAACUGCACCCUGUUCCUGUUAGCCGGCUAUGCCAAGUAUGGGCAACCUUACGCCUGGAUUAGGUCCAAUCACGAGCGCCUAGUAAACGUUGGAGGAACUGAUACGCUAGUCAAGGACACACCAAUGAAACUUAAGUCAGUCACAGACUGGGUUUCAACACCCCAAGGAACUCAUGUAUGGGACGUAGUGAGUGAGUUGGUGGGACUGUGCACCAUGCCGCCUCCCGACAACCCCUUCUCUCUGGACAUGCGCUACCUCCAAAGCCUGUCCCUCCCAGAGCGCUUCCUGGCCACCGGGGCCCUCCUGAAUUUCCUGGAGAUGAUUGUGGUUCAGGGAAGCCGAGAGGAACCGUUCUAUGAUCUGGUUGUGUCAGAGUUGGUGCCAUUGAGACGACUUCAUUUCCAAAGCCUCUCUGAGUUCCGGAAGUUUCAAGGCAGUGACCGGUUUCACAGGACUUCAAGUCACUUACCCGACAAAUGAGAACUGAUGGUUCAAAAUACAACAACAUGGAAGGGUUUUUAACUCCAGAGGAUUUUAAAAAUUGGCCUAAAACUCCAAUCAUCACAAUCUGGAACGGUUACAAGUUAACCUAAUACAGUAUGUUUUGUUCUUUAUUUAUUUUGAUACUAAGAAAUAUUAAUUUGUGUGUAAACUAAGAGGUUUAAUAAUGACAGCUUUAGCCCCAUGGCUUUAAGCUCCUUAAUGUCAGCCAUGGCAUUUUUUUGUAGCACAUAUAUGUCUUUGAAAAGUUAUGACAUAUGAAGUAUUUUAAUCCCUCGCAUUAAAAGAUUUGCGCCCCAUGACCUAAGGAAAAAGUCAAGGAAAACACUGGCGUUUACACGACACAGUUUUCUUCUAAAAACUGAAAACUUUUGGGGGCCGGAAAAUGCAAACUUUAAAAAACAGGCGUGCAAGUUUUUGAAAACAAUACUGUUAUAGUCACUGAAUAUGUGUGUUGUGUUUCUUCUUUAUAAUGUGACCUUGCCAAUUACUGACCUUACAUGUGUGAAUGGGGAUCGUUUUGACAACGUUGUCUGUACGCAAAAAAAAAAAAA